AGCAGAAUCAGAAAUUCACAAGAUGCUGACAACUGCCCAACUUACGUUGAUUGCUCUCAUCGGCUAUUGCACAGUCUUAGUCGAAGGACAGGCUCCAGCUGCGUCUGGGAUGUCACUUCCGAUUCCGAUAUCAGCCAAGGGUCAAGCCUUCGACUUGGGUCGUCUGUUUGGCGGAAAAAGUGGCGACCCGAUGUGGACACUGAUUGAUCGCAAUCUGCCCGAGGUGCAGCAGAUGAUUGACCAGACCAAGCUGAGCUGUAUGGCCAAGCUGCAGAUGACGGGACCGCAGCGUUCCCUCAUCCGAGAAUCACGACCUACGCCCAAGGAGAAGUGCCUGGUGGAGUGUGUGCUGAAGGGCAUUGGACUAAUGGACAGCGUGAGCAACCGUCUGAAUUUGCAACGUGUGGAACAGCUGACGAGCAAGGUGACCGAGGACAAUAAGCUGGCCAUUGCCCUAGGCUGCAGUCUGGCUCAAAGUUGCAAUCGGUCGAUCAAUGUGCCAUCGAAUAAGCCCUGCGAAGCGGCCCAUCAGCUGAACCAGUGCAUCGGUCGGCAUCUGGAUCGCAAUCGGGUCAAGCUGCACUGGUAGAAGAAGAAGAUCCCUAAUCAAUUAUUGUACACACAUAGAUGGAUUGAUUACACGACGCGCGCUCCACGUUCUCUUUAUUCAAAGGGUGUGUGCAUGUCCAGAAACCACAACGGGACACAAGCUAGGAUAAGAUAAAUAUAUGUAACUAGGGAAACUAAAGUAGGAAGUGAAGGACAAACAAGAGACAAUCCUUCUGCCAGGGGAAUUCACUGAUGAAAAAAAAGAACCAAAUAGAAUUGAAAUGCAAUUGCAAGA